CAGUCUCACGCUUCUUUCUCUCCACCUCAAGCCUUUCCCUUGCCACUUCAUCCUCUCCAUCAGCCUCCCUCCCCCCUCCCCCCGCUGCACCCACAGCCCCCAUUCAUUCUUCUCCCUCCUCUCCUUCCCUCCCGGCAAACCUCACCCAUGGAGUCUGGACCUCCCUGGGCCGCCAGCCCCACCCCCAGGGCCACCCUGUGGGCCCUCAAUGCCACAACACCCUGGCUGGGCCGGGAUGAGGAGUUGGCCCAGGUGGAGAUCGCAGUCCUGGCUGCCGUCCUGUUGCUGGCCACCGGGGGCAACCUGGCUGUGCUCCUGACUCUGGGCCAGCGGGGCCGCAAGCGCUCCCGCAUGCACCUGUUUGUGCUGCACCUGGCCCUGACCGACCUGGCCGUGGCGCUCUUCCAGGUGCUGCCCCAGCUGCUGUGGGACAUUACCUACCGAUUCCAGGGCACCGACCUCCUCUGCCGGGCUGUCAAGUACCUGCAGGCGCUCAGCAUGUUCGCCUCCACCUACAUGCUGCUGGCCAUGACGCUGGACCGCUACCUGGCUGUCUGCCACCCCCUGCGCAGCCUCCAGCAGCCCAGCCAGUUCACCUACCCACUCAUCGCUGGCCCCUGGCUGCUGGCUGCCGUCCUCAGCCUCCCUCAAGUCUUCAUUUUUUCUCUGCGGGAGGUGAUCCAGGGCUCCGGGGUGCUGGACUGCUGGGCGGACUUCCGCUUCCCCUGGGGGCCCCGGGCCUACCUCACUUGGACCACCCUGGCCAUCUUCGUCCUGCCCGUGGCCAUGCUCACGGCCUGCUACAGCCUCAUCUGCCACGAGAUCUGUAAAAACCUAAAAGGCAAGACACAGGCCUGGCGGGUGGAAGGAGGGGCCUGGAGGACUUGGGACAAGCUGUCACCUUCUGCCCCAGCUGCAGCCACUCGGGGGCUGCCAUCGCGGGUCAGCAGCAUCAGUACCAUCUCAAGGGCCAAGAUCCGAACCGUGAAGAUGACCUUCGUCAUUGUGCUGGCCUACAUUGCUUGCUGGGCACCCUUCUUCAGCGUCCAGAUGUGGUCUGUGUGGGACGAGAACGCCCCUGACGAAGAUUCCACCAAUGUGGCUUUCACCAUCUCCAUGCUUCUGGGAAACCUCAGCAGCUGCUGCAACCCCUGGAUCUACAUGGGCUUCAAUAGCCACCUGUUGCCACGCCCCCUGCGCCAUCUUGCCUGCUGCGGGAGUCCUGAGCCCCGGAUGCGCCGGCAGCUCUCUGAUUGUAGCCUCUCGAGUCGACGCACCACCACUCUGCUGACCCGCUCCAGCUGCCCGGCUACCCUCACCCUCAGCCUCAGCCUCAGCCUCAGCGGGAGGCCUGGGCCUGAAGAAUCACCAAGGGGUUCGGAGCAGGUGGAUGGGGAAGCCACCACUGAAACCAGCAUCUUUUAGGGAAGACUCCCUGGGGUCUGGCACUGCCCCCAGGACCAGUGCUAGGUCUCUG